AUUGACAUGUAGAAGUAAACAAACAAAAGAUGUAAACUUCAGCCAAGCACUGAUAUUUUCGAUAUGAAGCAGGAACCUUAAAAGAGAAUUAUGAGAGGCCCAAUUCUCUUCCAUCAUGGAAAUGGAUUCACACAUUUGAUUGCAACAUGAGUAGAAAAUAAGCAGAUUGAGAUGUGAGAAGAAAGCAAAAUCUAUCUCUCACAGAGGCUCUUCGAUUUACCUCACAAAUGGAGAGUGAUGCAGAGGAGGAUUCCAGAUACCUUGCAGACAGUGUGAGGAAAUCUUCUUCACACAGCCAUCAGAACAAUAGAAGCCAUGAUGGCCACAUAUCCAACAGAUCACAAAAAUCCCUUUCCCAUACAAAUCCAGAAGAAGACUGGACUCUGUCGCAUUCUAGCUUGAAGUCAAGCAGUAGAAAAUCAGAUAACAGAAGAAGGAACGACCAAACCCAAGGUAAAAGCAGAUAUGGCAGAGCUCAGCAGAGACAUGCAGUAGAAGGCGAAUUGGAGCACGGGGAAUAUGCAGACAAUGCACAAAAUAAUGGAGAUCAGUUGAGUGUCCAGGAAGAAGUGGAAGAGAGUACUAAUGACACAUCGAUGGAUGAGACCAGCUUUAGCACUUCCACCUACACUGAAAAGGAAAAUGGGAGCUCCUCAGAGCUUUCAAUUGACCCUGUUGUUUGGAAGAAAUUCAAGUUCCUUACUUCCAUCCUCAAGGAAACGCAGCACAACCUCAAGGCGAUGGAUGAACUCGUCCUCGAGCAUCAGCACUUGCAGGAAUUGUCAGACCGCGGUGCAAUCCGAAGCACAACACAUGCAUCUGCCAGUUACAUCCCAGGAACAGAACAGGAGCUUGGUGACGGGGAACCUAAAACAGAUGAGGCAAAGCUUGAGGAGAUCCUGAGUCUGCUUCACAACCUUACGCGCACACUGUCAUCGUAUGAACAGCAUCCUUUGCUGGCUGCUGCACAACAGCCAACGGACAUCUCCCUGAGAGUACCACCAGGUAAUUCUGGCCAAGAACCCCAGUAUUCCAGCGCAGAGGCUAAGGCACCCAACAGCCAAGGCUAUGGUUCUCACAAUCUGGAUUCCCAUACCUAUCGUUUACCAGAGCUUGGGCAGGCCUCUGAUCAGACCCACCUUCAGUCGUCUUUGCAACAUGGAUACCAAGAGCAUAGUUCUCCUUCAAGAUGUAAUGAUUUUCCACUUAAAUUUGAUGUGCCUAAAGAUGGAACUCUUGGUUAUCAAGAUAUUGGUUCCAGAUAUGAUUCAUCAGUGCCCCAUGUACUUCCACAAAGGUUACAUGUUGGUAGCAAUCCCACAUACACCAAUGUGGGGAUUCUCAGCUUGGAAAAUGGCUCUGGAGCUCUCCCUCAGUCUUUGUCACAUUCUUACCUGAGAGAAAGAGAUAGUGAAAUCCCAGUGAAUACAAGUGAUGACCUUAUGGCAGCUCACAACACCAGCCAUUACUUCAGGACACACGUGAAGGAUUCCAUAAGCCAGACUGAUUAUGCCUUUUCAGGAGCUAAUGCAUACGAGUCUUAUGAGGCAUCUAACUUUGCUGGACCAUAUCAACCUGAUCCAGCGCAGCACAGUAGUAGGAUAACAAACUGUCAGAGCCAGGGAAGCACAAGUCAUCCUCUCACCAAAGAAACAAGGUCGUUAAGGAAAGAUAUUAAUGAUAUUGUUCUGAGGAAGCAAGCUCUGGAUUCUCGUCUGCAGUCACUCAUUGCUCACCGUGCAGUCCAGAAGGAAAUGGAAUGGGCACAAGCCUCCAAGUCAAAGGAUAAGAAGCAGCUUGCAAGGAGCCAAAGUCUGGAGGAUGACAGUAGGAGACUGAAAGGCAAAGUGAAGAAGUAUAGAAGUAGAAGCAAGAGUCAUGAAGAUGAAGUAGAUUCUCACAGCCGGAUGUCCUCCUCUGUCAAGGACUGUUAUUUGAGCAUGAUCAGUGAAGAUCAAGAUGAGUUUCCAAGUUUGCAGAUGGGGAGCCUUGAGAAUGAAGAGAAAAUAUCAGAGCUCAGGAAUGAAGAGGCUGAUUUACCAGGUCUGGGUGACAGUGGAUUAAGCAGUGAAAUAAAUUCUAUUAAUGCUACCAUUCAAGAGCUUGUGCGAGAAAAUCAGCAGCUUCAUGAAUUCCUGCAGGGAAUGACUGUUGAGUCUAUUGCUAAAGUAGACCAGGAGAAAAUAGAGCUGGAAGCCAAGAUCCAGUCACUUAAUCAAGAAAAUGAGUCUUUAAAGAUUAUGAUGAAUGGGAACAUUGAAGAAGAGGAGACAAAUGCUGGUGUAAAAAAGAAGCAUGAGGGUAAGGCUGUUUCAUUCCUUGUUUCAGAUGACAACAUAGAGAAACUAUUGAAAGAUCAUGAGAUGGAAAGUUCUCAUUGCCAAGAAUUAGGUAAAAAAUCUCCAGUGUUAGAAUCAGAAAGUGUUGAAAAGGACCUCUCAAAUUUUGCUGAAUUUUCACAGAAGGAACAAGAAGCAUCUGUGUAUUCACAGGAACAUUCCAAAAGAAUAGCAGUACUCGAAGCACAGGUCAGUGAGCUUACUAGGCAAAACCAGAGUCUCAUGCACAGGAUUAGAGAAGAAAAGGAUGGUGAUACCAGUGAUAAAGAAACAAAAAGUGAUUAUGAAGAAAUAUCGUCCAGGAUUUUAGAGUUGAAAACCCAAGGUGCUGCAAACAUAAGUGUUACCAGGGAGAUAGAGAAACUUCAGAGGAAAAUCAACAAACUUUUGAGAGAAAAAGAUGACCUAAAUCAUAAACUCAACACAGAAGCAACUGAGAGGGACUAUGAGCAUUCAAGACUGGAAGCAAGAAUUCGGAUUUUGUCUGAGCAAAACAGAGUAUUAAGUGAUAAAAUGAAUGAACAGAAGUCAGCCUCCCUUGCAACAGACCAUGGCAAUUACCAUUCUGACCAGAUCAAAAGUCAAAAUGACUCUAGUGUUUCCAUCAGUUUGAAUCAAGAUCGAUUUGAAAAAAGUACAGAUGAAAGCAAAUCUGCUAUGAAUAUGGGCACAACUAGUUCAAGAGAAGUAAGUUUUAAAAUUGAUGUUGAUUAUGAUAACCUUACAAAGGAUGAGCACAAGCCAGAGUCAAAGGUAAACUCAGAAUCAUCUUCUUUCAGACAAUUUUCUGAACACUCCAGAUCAAGAAGUACUGAAUACAGUUCUUCCAGAGGGGAUGUGAAGCACACACAUUCAAGUGGAAGUGCUGAUUACAGUAGUACCAAAGAGGAUUCAGAGUACACCGUAUCAAAAACAGAGCCUGAAUAUAGUCAUGCAGAAGGAGCUGAAGAUGCCAGAUCACAAAGGAGUGCAGAUCAUAGCAAACGAGAUCCAGAGCACUCCUCAUUUACAAGAGAUUCUAAGUGUACCAGGUCGGAUGAAGCUGAUCAUAGCUCAUCUUUCAGGCAGUCGGAGUAUACUGAAUAUAGUGCAGCUAGUAGAAGUCAUAAAAGUGACAGGGGUACCAAGAAAAGCACAGCAUUUGAUGAAAAUGAUGAGUAUAGUCAGGUUGAUGAUGAUUCUAGUACAAAUAUUGAACAUAGUCUUCAUACUGAAAAUGUUGAUCAGUCAUCAUCUCAAAGGCUUCCAUAUAAACCAAGUACAUCAGAAAGAAAUCAGAAAACCCAUAGAAAUGAAUCAUUUGAUAGGAAAAAAGACAGAAGCUCUCCUGAAACUUCAUAUGGUAGUAAAGAAAAAGGUAAAACUGAUGAAAUAAAACCAUACACUAUUGUGCAGCCAGUGAAUGAUCCCAAACUGACUUCACAACUUGAAGAGUUAUUAAAACAAAAUGAAAUGCUGAUUUCCACAGUUAAUGCUAUGAAAGCCACAUCUGUUAUGUCUGAAUCUAGUCUUGGGUCAGCAAUAAGACAAAUUAUGGAAGAGCAUGAAAAACUCAUACAGAAUGUAGAGGAGAAAAUAAAUCAUGCUAGAAUUUCUGGAGAGCUGGAUGCUGAAUCUAGGAUGAAUAAAUUAUUGCAGGAAAAACAAGUGUUAGCAAUGUCACUGGAAGAACAAAAACACAAGAAUGAAUCCCUUGUAAAGCAGAAUGACCUGCUUGAAAAGAAACUUCAAAUUGUUAGAAAGAACACAGAGUUGAAUGGAGACCAGGAGACCAAUGAAAAAGAUAAGGAAGUUUUGUGUUAUGUCAAAACACCACCUACUCUUCACAUAGCAUCAGAGGAGAUGAACGCACCCUAUGACAUUGAGGUGGAUUGUGAAAUAAUAGAGAGUUUCAAAGUAUCUGAAGAGAUUGUGAAUGGAAGUGAUGACCUUAAAAAGAAAGAAAUGGACAAGUUUCAACAGACUAAAAUGGGAGAGGCCAUAUUAAAGGCUAGCUACCACUCAGUGCAAAGGAAAGAUGCAUCUAAAAGUACUGAUAUGCAAAAGCAAGUGACAAAAACAACAGAUUCACAAAGUAAGGGAAGCAGUAGACGAAACAGCUUAAGUCUGCAGUCACUUAGUAGAAGAGGAUCCCAGGCCUCUACAUCAAGGAUCCCGAGAAGUGAAGGACAAGAAUGUGAGGAGGAUCUGCAGGAUGAGCUAACUGAGGGAUUGAUUCAUUUGACCUCAAGAAAAGAAGAUGAAAAGUGGGCUCAAGUGCUAGAGCAAUCAGAAGAGGAAAAACAAAUUCUUCAAGAGAGAAUUAAGACUCUAGUAAAUGAGAAUGACUGCUUAGCAUCACGGUUGGAAGAGGUGAUGGGUGUGUCACGUAAUUUGAGUGACCAGAUGCAAUCUGCGCGUGAGGAGCUUGUUAAAGUUUCAGCAGAGAAGGAGGAUUUGCAGAAGAAAGUCAGAUCACUUGAGGAAGGGAAGGAGGAUAGUUCACUGAGCUUAUCAGAGUCUCUCGGGAGCUCGAGACUCACACAGCGCCUUAAGGAUCGGAUCAGAAGCUUACAGGGAGAAGUUGAAGGGGCAUGGCAAGAAGUUCAUCAGCGCACAAUAGAACGAGACAAGAUGUCUGCAGAGAGAGAGAGCAUUGAAUACACAGCAAGCAUUAAUCUUAACAGUGCAAGGAAGGAGGUUGAGUCAUUAAGGAGCCAAAUUGCCAUGCACCAGCAAGAUUUUGAAAGGAGGGCUGUUGAGUUAACAAACACAAAGAAUGAACUGGAGAAAAAGUCAUCAGAACAGAGAAUUCUUUUGGAUGAUUUUGAAGUCCAGAAAAAGAAGUUACAUGAUCUAGAGAAGAAACUGGAAGAUAUUGAGAGUUCCUAUAGAGAGUGCCAGGAUAAAUUACAAAUUGAAAUAAGGGAGAGAAAGAGAGCCGAAGAACAGCUAGAGGACACCCUUCAACGUUUGUCUGCAGGGUUGGAGAGUGAGAGAACGAGAUCAAAGGGAGAGAGAUACUGGCAGGAAGCUAUGUCUAGGCUAAAGAGCCAGUUGCAUCAGGAACAGCUUCGUUCACGUCUUCUCGAAGCAGCUGAUCAUGAGAACUCAGCACGCAUCCUGGUUUUGCAGCGUAGUGUUCGUGAGACCAUUGAAGCUCAUGAAAUUCUGCAGGCCAAAUACAAGCAGCUUCGUACUGCUUAUCGUGCCAAAAAGACGGACAAGACUCACCGCAGAGAACUUUCAGAGCAGUAUUCACAGCAGGUUAAGGAGCUUGGUAAGACUUCAGCUGCUUUAGAGGACAAUUAUAAGAUGAUGCUGUCGACACUUGGUGAAAGCAUAGGUGUCACAGUGGAGAUCCUGACAUCCCAUGUCUUCCUCUCUCCUUGUGUUGUCCAUCCGAGCCCUGACUUGAGACUGGAUCUGGAGACUUGGUUUGAAGCUCAGCAAGGGAGGCUCAGAUGGUUACAGACACAACUUCGGAAACUGUGCUUACAUAAUUGGAAAAUGGCAGAUCUCCCAAAGACUUCCAACUUCACCAUUGGACAGAGAACAAAGUCCAUUCCAGGUUCCAGCACAUCAGAAACAUCUGGUGAUUCAAAUAUCCAGGGAAAAAGUGAUGGUAGCUCAGAAAGCAAGUCUGAUUCAAGUUCCGGAUACAAGACAAGGAAAUCUUUAAAAAAGAACUUGUAUGAUCUCUCCAUUUUGGAUGAAACCAAGUCUGACAGUAGUUCACCUGUUCAGAAGAAAAUUGGUGCUUCACCUGCAGUUUCUGCCUCAGGUGCUUCAUCAGGUUUUACUUCUGUUUCUGAUACAGACAGGAGAAUGGCCAGGCAGGGUUCCCAAGAGGAAAAUGCACAAGACUCUGGCAACACAUUUGUAUCAUUUUCAUUUGUACAAUCCAAACCUUCAUUCAGUCCACCCAUGAAGCCAUUAGCUAGUAGUUCUAUGAGUCUCAGUGAGGUGGGCCGAAUCCUCACUGACCAACAGAGGCAGCUCACCAGGGCAAAGUUUCACCAGUACAAAACCUUAGUCUCCAACCUCCAAAGAGACUUGGAAUUCCCUUUUACAUCUUCUCCAAGCGUUCCUUCCUCUAUGAUCACCACACCUGAGAAAAUCAAGGAGCUUUCUUGCUCCACCUUUGGUGACGAAGAGCAUUCAGGAGACAUGGAAAUGGAAACGACUCUUUCCGACUCGCAGGUAUCAUCAUCAAGAACCCUCUGUUCCCUGUCCCAAAAUGAAGAGUCUGGAUCUUCUAAGCACUCCAAGGAAUCAUUACCUGUGCUGGAGGAGAUUUCACAGACAUCUGGCAGUUUAUCAGGAAUGUCAAAGAGUCCACACUCCUGGAACAACACCUGCCUGGAAAGGAAUCCCUCUACUUCGCCAUCCUUACGUCCAGAGUUCCUUCAGGAAGACAUGGAGAGCUUUGGCAUGGAAAGAGAUAUUAAUCAGUCAAGUGCCAGAGCCACUACCUGUGACAGCAAUAGUCUACUUGACACAAGGGAUGCAGCAAAAGAAAAUCAAGCCUCAGGAGUGGAUGUGGAUAAAGAUCAUGACAGUAUGGAGGAAUUGGAUGAAGAGGAGGACAUCAUCAGGAUCUUUGUGGAAAGUGAGGUUGUUGAUGAUGAUGAUUUAGACUGAUCUUUACAUCAUCUUCAAAUGCUUCAUCAACAUUAUGUUUGACUGAAGUCUAAUGCUUAAAUAACAUGGAAUCUAUCUGUUGUGAACAGAUGCUGAGAAGUAUUUAAAUUUAUUGAUUGAUUAUCACUUUCAGGAAAUAUUUCUAUGGUAUUUAAUUUUAUGGUAUAUUUAUUGAUGUUCAGAGUAUAUUUAUUAAUUUAAAGAUAACAGAAUUGAUAUGUUCUGUAAUUCCUUGAGUAUUAUAUGCAUUUGCUUCUUGAAGCCAUUGUUUUUUUUUUAUAAAGAGAAUUAUUGAGACCACAGUUUAGAUAAUUGCGUGUUCCUUAUGCACAGCAUUUAUAUUUAUUUAAUGACUCUGAUAAGUAUUUUGUACUGCCAGUGUAAUUAGUAGUACAUAUAGGAAGAACCUAUGUUUCUUGACAAUCACAUUACAUUCAUUACCAUUUGUAAAAAAUACAAGAAGUACCUUAUUAUCUGUAGAUUUUUAUGUGUAUGCAUUUUUGUAAUGGUGGAAGUUUCUUUGAAGUGUAGGUCAUAUUUAAUUUCACUUGAAUUUUUAUCAGUAAUCAUAAAUAAUCUGAGAAGGACCUGAAAGCAAGAAAAUCCGUCCAUUUUUGCGAUCCUGUCCAUGCAAGUUGUGACUACAGAAACUAAUUUGAAAAGCCUCACAUAUAAAUUUUAGUUUUGUAUGGAUAACAUAUAAUGAAAAGCUCAUUCAUUCCAUUGCAGCUAUGCAGGUGUAUAUGUAAUAGUCUUGUUAGAUUUAGCUCACUUGUAAGAAAAUUUCCCAUUUUGAGAACAUGAGUAUUUGAUCAACAGUUACUUUUCCACAAAUAAUAAUCAUAAUGAAUUGAUUAAAAUGGUAAUGUUGAUUUUCAGUCAGUAAUAAAGGGCAUUUAAUCUUUCAUUAGAAAGAUAGUUUUAAAAUGUAAGGCUUCCAUCAAUUUGUGGCAUCACAGGUAAUGAAUAACUCCGUCCAAAAAAUAUUUACCAGGGUACUGUGUACAACAUUUUUGUAGUAUUGAUGUCUUAACCCGUAAAGGACAUGCCAUCUCAUGCUGUGACACAUAUUUGACACAUUUCCAUCAAUAAACACUAACACAGAUGAAAAACACAGAUCAAAAUCUACUUUAUGAGAUGUGAAACAUGGCAUUCAUUUUCAAGCAUUCAGUGGACAGUAGUUACAAUCUGCUUUGUGUCCUAACCUGAGUGUCUAAAUCUAGUACGCAUGUUCUUUAGGUGUUAAACAGUGUGUUCUGGAGCUUCCCAUGCAAGAAGUUUUAGUGUGUGAUUUUAUAACCUCAUUAUGUAGAGUUAGUGUUUAUUUUUUUAUUAUUAGCUAUUAUUUUUUGCGAGAAUUAUCAAAGCUUGUGCUGUAGGUAGAUGAGUUCUGAUACUCCCAGUGAUUAGAUUGUGUGGUAUAUCACUUUACUUGAAUUGUAAAAGGAAGAGAUUAAGGAUUGGUUGGGAAUUAACCAAUUGGUAAAUGAAAUUAAUGAAGUUAAAUUUUGGAUAGAGAUAAGCUCAAUGUUCAUUUAUUUUGAUGUAUUGUGCAUCAACAAUAUCACAAACACAAAAGUUUUCAAUAUUUGUACAGUAGCUUACUUGUCCCCCAAAAUCAGUCUAGUCUAGACAACAGUGAUACCAUCUGCAUACUUCUCACUUUUGGGAGUGUUGAAAUGUAUGCCAGUGUUACCUUUCCAGUUAUACAUGUAAUUUACUGUUUAUAGCAUUUGAAAAAAGGGCAUUAUGUGUUUUCUGAGUAAUUAUAAAGUGCCAUUUUUAGGAAUUAAUGUCCUAUAAUUGCAGCAUGGCACAGUAAAUCUAUGGAGAUCAGUCACACAGGGUACUGAGAAUAUAAGUUUCCAUAAUUAGCUAAUUUAUUUGUAAGCAGUUUAAGAAAUUAAAGAAAUAGGAAAGUAGUGAAAAUAUAGAGUAGUCAACAAGUCAAAAUUGUUAGUAUUAGGAGACACCCCAUUCUUUCCUCAAGAAUUAUGCCAUAUAUUUUUGAAUGUAUGAUUUUCACAUUGUUUAGUAUUCAUUUGCUAAUUCAUAUAAGCAUUUAAAGUUUGCAGUUAAUUUCAAAAGAACUAAAUUAUUUUGGUUUCAAGUAUGAGAUACCUUUUUGGCCUUCCAUGAACCCAGGAUUUCUGAAGUCCCAAUGUGCUGUUUUAUCUACUGCCAAUGUGUAUCAGUUUCUAGUCCAUGAAAUAAAUAUGCUUUAAAAUC